AUGUUGUACGUGUUAAUACUGUUCAUAACUGUAUGUCACGCACAAAUGAAAGCUCCAAUAUUAAAAAGUGAUUUCAAUGGUGAUUCAAAUUUAUGUACAAUCGAUUCAUCAUUUCCUUAUUCAAGGGAUACACCUUUACCAAUAUUUUCGCCACAAGCUCAAUUUACUAUACAAAAAAUAGAAAGAAGACGUUCCCUACAUGUAACGUUAUUUAGUGAAUUAACUUUGCAGCAAUAUUUCUAUGAUUAUGAUGCAAAUAAAUUGAUUAUGGUUAAGAGUCACAAUGGUUCUAUUGAAACAACACAUUUUUAUUAUGAUACAUUAAAGAAAUCAAUAUAUAAUGAUGGAAAAUAUUGUUUUGUUCAUAACAUCAAUAAAAAUGAUUACAUGGAUGGUACAUCGGCUAUUCAAUUAUCGUCUGAUAAAUGGCAUAUUCGUCCAUUUAAUGAAUUUAUUCUUUUCUAUAGCAAUGACUCCCGACAAUCAUUCAUUCAACCAAAAUAUAUUGGUCAAGCCAUAGUACGUGGGAUGCCAGUAGAUCAAUGGGAAACUUGUACUAUCAAUAAAGAUAAUUAUGAAACUACUCGACAUGUAUGGUCCUUUGCACAACAGAGUUUUGAAACACCUAGUAGUACUGUUAAAUCUUAUGCUCUUCCUAUUCAAAUGAUUUUAAAUCAGACGAUUCUGUUUCCAAAUGGUACACAAAUGAUGGAAUUCGAUCAAAUAUUGAAUGUUUAUUCGUACAGACCCAGCAUUUUAGAAAGUAAUGAUCGGUUAGUUCCGCCAAGAGGUGUUUUCUGUUACAAUGAUCCAAAUAAAAAUUUAUUAUCUCUUGACGAUGUUGGAAUGACAUGGCCAAAUCGUUUUAGUGUUCGUACAGAAGCAUUAUCAUCGCGUACUAAAGGCAUGCAAAAUCUUCAUGCACGCUAUGAAAACAAUGCUGAGAAUAAUUUAAGACGCAUUCGUUAUGAUUAUACACUAUCCAUAAAAGACAAGUUGCGAACUAUUAUACAUGAUUAUCUUGCUAAUGUAACAUAUAUUAUUGAUCGUAAGGUCGGCUCAUGUCAAAUCAAUCGUAGUUUAGUACUUGCUGAUGCUGAUCCGAUGGUCAAUCCAGUUAGUUUCCUUGUUCAACAUGCAAACAAAUUCAUGUUUCAAUCAAACGAAAAAAUUUGGGGUUUAAAUGGAUUUCGAACAUGUCGAGAUGAUUCAAUCAAUUGCACAUCAAUAGUUACUUCAUUUGAUAAAUUUCCUCCUGUAAUCAGUUCUCAAAAUGGUUCCACAAGUAAUGAAACAUGGACUACAACAAAUGUGGAAUAUGGUUGGUCAAUGCGUUCACUGUUUUCCGAAUCAUCAUUUGAUAAAGUAAAAGCUUUUGAUUAUCCAGUCUAUUUAUUUUUAAGAUUAUACCGAUCUAAUGAACCGAAUAACACAUCAUCACUCAUUAUGCUUACAGAAGAUGUUGAAUAUCAAUUUUAUCAAAUGUCUUCUGAAUUGUAUCCAUCUGAUUUCGAUACAGGUUCAUGCUAUCGUGCACUUGGUUUACCUUAUAUUCAUCUUGGAUUCGUACUGAAGCCAAGCAAUAAUAGAUUUGUAGAUAGAAAAUAUGUCGAUAGGUGGACUCUCGAAAGGAAUGUAAGAAGUACUCUGGAGACUAAAAUGCAGAUUAAUUGGUCACGUAUCAGUGACAUGGAACUUCAUCCUGUUCAACUUAACCAUAGUAUUUAUGUUCUAUUCAGCCUUCUUGGUCCAUUACCCUUUUCGAACCCAGAAGAAGUAUCGAUUGAAGCAGCUCAAAAAAUGCUGGAGACGACAAUCAAUUCGGAUCAAUUCAAGUUUCAAAUGACAUUACUCAACAAUGAAAAAUCUCAAAUAGAAUUUAAAGCAGAACCGUAUUCUCUUAAAACUUCCCGAGAGUUCAUAUCAAUUCACGCUAAUAUGUUUAAGGCAAAUUCUUCAAAUAGUACAACAACCACAACAACCACUACAACUACCACUACAAGUUCCGUUAUCACUACUGUUUUAUAUUGCCCAGAUCAUAAUGCCAAUAAUUCUCAAACUAAUGGUCAGCGAAUUACGAAACAGAAAUAUACAGUAGGAGCUCAAGUUAGUAGCAUUGUCGGUGGACUUUUUGCUGGUAUAGUAUUUGGCUUCAUUGUACUUGUUCUCUACCUAUUUAUAAGAAAAAAAUCAGCAUCAGGUACUCCUUCCAUCGUUGGUAGAAGUUUUAUUAAUAAAGCUGCUCUCAACACAUCGGAGCAAAAUUUGAAUAUAUUAAACUUGCGAAACACAUCCUAUGUAUCAUAA